GGGAUUUGCCUUCUUCCCUUGUACUCCAUCUCCACCAGCAAGCAACAUGAGCCGCCAAUUCACCUGCAAGUCUGGAGCUGGCAACAGGGGCUUCAGCGGCUGCUCAGCUGUGUUGUCUGGGGGCAGUUCAUCCUCUUACCGGGCAGGAGGCAAAGGGCUCAGUGGGAGCUUUGGUAGUCGGAGUCUCUACAGCCUGGGAGGCGCCAGAAGCAUCACUCUCAACAUGGCUACCGGCAGCGGCAAGAAUGGAGGUUUUGGAUUUAACCGGAGCCGGGCCAGUGGCUUUGCGGGCAGCAUCUUUGGCAGUGUGGCCCUGGGACCUGUGUGCCCGACUGUGUGCCCACCUGGAGGCAUUCACCAGGUCACAGUCAAUGAGAGCCUGCUGGCCCCACUCAAUGUGGAGCUGGACCCGGAGAUCCAGAAGGUGCGGGCGCAGGAGCGGGAGCAGAUCAAGGCUCUGAAUAACAAGUUCGCCUCCUUCAUCGACAAGGUGCGCUUCCUGGAGCAGCAGAACCAGGUGCUGGAGACCAAGUGGGAGCUGCUGCAGCAGCUGGACCUGAACAAUUGCAAGAACAACCUGGAGCCCAUCCUUGAGGGCUAUAUCAGCAACAUGCGGAAGCAGCUGGAGACUCUGUCUGGGGACAGAGUGAGGCUGGACUCCGAGCUGAGGAACGUGCGCGAUGUGGUGGAAGACUACAAGAAGAAGUACGAGGAGGAGAUCAACCGGAGAACGGCCGCAGAGAAUGAAUUUGUGCUGCUCAAGAAGGAUGUGGAUGCGGCUUAUGCCAACAAGGUGGAGCUGCAGGCCAAGGUGGACUCCAUGGACCAGGACAUUAAAUUCUUCAAGUGUCUCUAUGAAGCUGAGAUGGCUCAGAUCCAGUCCCACAUCAGCGACAUGUCCGUCAUCCUGUCCAUGGACAACAACAGGAACCUGGACCUGGACAGCAUCAUUGAUGAGGUCCGUGCCCAGUAUGAGGAGAUUGCCCUGAAGAGCAAGGCCGAGGCUGAGGCGCUGUACCAGACCAAGUUCCAGGAACUGCAGCUGGCAGCUGGCCGCCACGGGGAUGACCUCAAAAACACCAAGAAUGAAAUCACUGAACUGACCCGGUUCAUCCAGAGACUCCGCUCAGAGAUUGAGAAUGCCAAGAAGCAGGCUUCUAACCUGGAGACAGCUAUUGCUGAUGCCGAGCAGCGAGGAGACAGUGCCCUCAAGGACGCCCGGGCCAAACUGGAUGAGCUGGAGGGCGCCCUGCACCAGGCCAAGGAGGAGCUGGCUCGGAUGCUGCGUGAAUACCAGGAGCUGAUGAGCCUGAAGCUGGCCUUGGACAUGGAGAUCGCCACCUACCGCAAGCUGCUGGAGAGCGAGGAGUGCAGGAUGUCAGGAGAGUACCCAUCCCCUGUCAGCAUCUCCAUUAUCAGCAGCACCAGUGGCAGUGGAGGUUAUGGCUUCCGGCCCAGUACAGUCAGUGGUGGCUAUGUGGCUAAUAGCACAAGCUGCAUCUCUGGAGUGUGCAGCGUCCGCGGUGGGGAGAGCAGGAGCCGAAGCAGCGGCAGCGACUACAAGGAUACCCUAACGAAGGGCUCCAGCCUGAGCACCCCCUCCAAGAAAGGUGGUCGGUAGACAGAGCUUCCUGCGGCUCCCCUCCUCAGAACCCCUGUGCCUAGUCUGCUGUCCCCUUUCUGUCCCCUAUCCCACUCCAGGGGCCCUGGGUUUGUCCUCAGCUAAUCUCCUUCCUCCACGGUUCUGAGCCUGGAUCACUCUGGACUACCGUGUGCUGGUAGACGCCAGGGCCGGGCCAGUGUCAGCUCACCUCUGCCCAGGUCCAGCCCAUCCCUUCCACCAGGCGUUGCCUCUGUCCUUAACUGGCUUCUUGGGUCUCAACCUGGUCUUUCUUGUCUGCUGGGCUUUCGUCUCAGUUUGUGCUGAUGACAGAAGCUAGCUCUGAAUCCAAGAGGGCGACAAACAGACAAUGAACUGAGAGUGGCCAGCCCAUCCGACCCCGACACAGUCUCAUUUUGAGUGGGACCACUCAGAGUAAAGGAACUCUGUCUUCACUUUCCUGCACCCAGAACCAGAAAAAAGAGGACACCCUUGGCUUCUCCUGUAUUCCUUAAAUCCCUCCUUGUCGCAUCCUCAAUAAACCGUGCAAUCUGA